CGUCAAUGGCGGCAAGUUUCUCAGCUCUGCUCAUCUUCCUAUGAUCUAAAUGCAUUUGUAUUUUUCGAAUUAAUUACCGGCUAUCCAUGGCGUUUGUGAUUAAACUUCCGGUGGAUACCGUUGGAGGACCUUGUAACUCCAUUUUUACGAGUACGAGCAAUAGAGCUAGUGAUAGCUUUAUCAGAAGGAAAAAAUCUUCGGUUAAAAUGUGCUCUUCCCACUCCGGUGCGCCAUUCCAGAGCCUCGAGGAAUCGUCGUCAACUAAAUCGCAGAAGAAAGCGAUUCCAAUAAUGGUGAACGGUUGUACUGGAAAAAUGGGAAGGGCAGUUCUUGAAGCUGCCAUUUCUGCGGGACUUGAGCCUGUCCCUGUGGCAUUUAGUGGUCUGGGAAAUUCAGGAAAGAUUGUACAUGUAGGUGAAAAGGAGAUUACAUUGCAUGGUCCCUCUGACAGAGAGAGCACUCUUUCAUCAAUCUUUGAGGAACAUCCGGAUUUAGUUGUGGUGGAUUACACAGUUCCUGCUUCUGUGAACGAUAAUGCAGAGUUGUAUUGCAAAGUUGGAGUUCCUUUUGUGAUGGGAACGACUGGUGGAGACAGGAAGGCUUUGUAUAAAACAGUGUCAGACUCUAAUAACUAUGCUGUGAUCUCCCCGCAAAUGGGAAAGCAGGUUGUUGCGUUUCUUGCAGCCAUGGAAAUAAUGGCAGAGAAAUUUCCAGGCGCUUUCUCUGGGUAUAAACUACAGGUGAUGGAGUCUCAUCAAGUUAGCAAAUUGGACAUAUCCGGGACUGCCAAAGCUGUCAUAUCAUGUUUUCAGAGAUUAGGGAUCGCUUUUGACUUGGAUCAGGUAGAACAAAUACGCGACCCAGAGCAACAAGUUAAGAUGGUUGGUGUCCCAAAGGAACACUUAUCUGGUCAUGCUUUCCACUCGUAUCAUCUGACCUCACCUGAUGGGACGGUAUCUUUUGAAUUUCAGCAUAAUGUUUGUGGAAGAUCGGUAUAUGCUGAGGGUACUGUCGAUGCUGUUCUCUUCCUUGCAAAUAAGGUCAAAUCUAAAGCCAACCAGCGGAUUUACGACAUGAUUGAUGUUCUGCAGGAGGGUAAUAUGAGAUGAAUUUAAGCUAAGCCUUCUUUCUCAUCUCUAUCUUUGUAACAGUUAGCUUAUAAGUUCUGGUUUCAAAAUAAGCUAGUAACUUCCUACUUUUUUUUUUUUUUUUUUCUCUCUUUACCCUUAUGAAGUUUUCCGUGUUUUGUUGCCUAUAAUCUGCCACUCCCCUCACAACCUUUUGGAGUGGGCAUGGCACAAUCAUUUUUGGAGAAUGAUAACACAAAAAUUCUUAUGUUAUGUUCCAUUGUUUUGUAUUACACAAA